GGUCCGCGCCGAUCCAGCUUCAACUUCCUACGCCGCAAGAGCAGCUCUGAGAACCGCAACGGCCAACGAAGCACUUCGGGAGGCAAGAUGAGCAAAAAGCAGAAAGCUCUCGCGCAGGAAGAGGCACUGCGCAGGCAGAGGGAGGCCGCAAUGCUUCCCAAGCAGCCACCUCAGCUUCCUUCCCACUCCCCACUCCCCCAAAUUAAUACUUUUGGUGGGGAGGAUGCCCGGCCAGACUCCGUUGCCAUCAUCUCAAAUAAAGCAGGCAACUACAAUCCAAAUUUCAGUAGACCGUCCGUCGAGCAGAGCAGGGCUCCGACCACUGGCACGUCCAUGCCCCCGAUUCCCGGCAGUUCGUCCUCCUACAUGGACUUCGACCCUUACCCUCGGACAGAGAGCAUGGCUCACCGCGGACGCUAUAGCUAUGCUAGCAGUGCCGUGAGUACAGUGAACAGUCCCCGUCGCGUAAGGAGAAGGAAAGAUCCGACGCCGUUCAAUAUCCUCGUCAUUGGCACCAAGAGCUGCGGAAAAUCUUCGUUUAUCGAGUUUCUCCGCAGCGCCCUGACCCUACCCGCAAAGAAACGCACUCAGACGAACUCCCCUCCCUCACAUGCGAUCACCUCCGAGGGUUCCUUUACCUCCGAAUACCUAGAGACUGAAGUGGAUAGUGAGAGGGUCGGCGUUACCCUCUGGGAUUCCGAGGGUCUAGACAAGUCCAUCAUCGAUUUCCAGCUACGCAGAGUCACUUCUUUUCUGGAGUCGAAGUUUGAAGAUACCUUCACGGAGGAGCAGAAGGUCAUGCGCGCACCCGGCGUGCGAGACACCCACAUACAUUGCGUUUUCCUUGUUCUGGACCCCGCCCGUCUGGAGAGCAACGUUAUCGCAGCGCGCAAGCGAACGUCCCAGAAGAUGACAGGCCAAGUGAUUGGCGGCCUGGAUGAUGAUCUGGAUCUAAACGUGCUGCGCGAGCUCCAAGGAAAGACUACUGUGAUUCCUGUCAUCAGCAAAGCUGACACGAUCACGGCUGCGCACAUGCGCCACCUAAAGAAGAUGGUCUGGGACACCAUUAAGCGUGCGAAGCUUGACCCUCUGGAGGCGCUCAACCUCGCUGAUUCGGAUUCGGAGGACGAGGACUUGCUUGACGAGCGUGACGAGGACGAGCUCAUCGAAUCCUCCGAUGCCGAAGGAACUUCAGGCGUUAUCAACAACAUCAUGGAUAAAUCAUCUUCAGAAGCUGGCUCUGAAGACGAGGGCUCACAUUCCGCGGCCUCCAGAUCUCCACCAACGUCACCCCCAAGCGCAAAACGGAACCAUGCCCGGAAGCCAUCGGCCAUGUCUGCGUCUAUCCAGAAUGAGGACUCGGAGACUCCAUAUCUCCCACUCAGCAUCAUCUCCCCUGAUCCUUAUGAGUCGGACUUCGUUGGUCGCAAGUUUGCCUGGGGAUUUGCCGACCCUUACAAUGCGGAGCAUUGCGAUUUUGUCAGGUUGAGGGAGAGUGUCUUCGGCGAAUGGCGGUCCGAACUCCGCGAGGCGAGUCGUGAGCGCUGGUACGAGGGCUGGAGGACCAAUCGCCUGCAGCGUGGUCCCAGCAGGAGGAUCGCAACAUCAGACGGGCUGGUAAACAAGCAACUUAGCCUCCCAAGUGCAAAUGGCCGCGCAGCGAGCGCUGGCAGUCGUGAAUAUCGU